AUGAAACGUGGAACUUUAAUUCUUGAAGAUGGUUCUGAAUUCCAAGGUUAUGUAUUUGGAGCAUCAACAAAUACUACUGGAGAAGUUGUUUUUCAAACUGGUAUGGUCGGUUAUACUGAAUCAUUAACUGAUCCAUCAUAUUGUGGAGAAAUUCUAGUUCUUACUUUUCCACUUAUUGGCAAUUAUGGUGUACCAGAUGAAAAAGCUAUUGAUGAUUUUGGUCUACUUAAAUGGGUUGAAUCAAAUAAAAUUUAUGCAUCAGCUUUAAUUGUUAGUGCAUAUACUGAGCAAUAUAGUCAUUGGAAUGCCGUCGAAUCUCUAUCAUCAUGGCUUAAAAAACAUAAUGUUCCGGGUCUUUAUGGUAUUGAUACACGUAUGUUAACUAAAAAACUCCGUGAACAUGGAACAAUGCUUGGAAAAAUUGUUAUGGAAGGAACAGAUCCAAAAUCUAUUACAUUUCAAGAUCAGAAUAAAAUUAAUCUUAUGACACAAGUUUCUAUCAAGGCACCACGUGUGUUGAAUCCAACAGGAAAAAUAUCUAUUGCUUGUAUUGAUUGUGGUCUUAAAAAUAAUCAAUUACGUAUUCUAUGUCAACUAGGAGCAAAAGUAACUGUCUUUCCAUGGAAUCAUCCUGUAAAACAAGAAGAAUUUGAUGGUUUAUUUCUAAGUAAUGGUCCUGGUGAUCCACAAAGUCAAUGUCCAGAAACAAUUGAAACUAUUACAAAAUGGCUUACAAGUAAAACUAUUAAACCAAUAUUUGGUAUUUGUCUUGGUCAUCAAUUAAUGGCUUUAGCUGCUGGAAUGAAAACAGCUAAACUUAAAUACGGUAAUCGAGGUCAUAAUCAACCAUGUUUAUUAGAAGGAACUGAACGUUGUUUUAUUACAUCACAAAAUCAUGGUUUUGCUGUUCAAACAGCUGAAGGUUUAGCAAAAGAUUGGAGUAUAUUAUUUACAAAUCAAAAUGAUCAAUCCAAUGAAGGAAUUGUUCAUGAUUCUAAACCAUUUUUUAGUGUUCAAUUUCAUCCUGAACAUUGUGCUGGACCACGUGAUACUGAAAAUCUCUUUCAAAUUUUUCUUAAUGUUGUUCAAUCAUAUAAAACAAAUACACCCAUCAAUGUAAAAUCUUAUCUAAUCGAACAAUUAACUAGUCGUUGUAGUGAUGCUAAUGCACCACCACCUGCCUUCUGUAGUCGAGUUAAAAAAGUAUUAAUCUUAGGUAGUGGUGGUUUAACUAUUGGACAAGCAGGAGAAUUUGAUUAUUCCGGAACACAAGCAAUAAAAGCAAUGAAUGAAGAACAUAUUUAUACUGUAUUAAUUAAUCCAAAUAUUGCUACAGUUCAAACUUCGAAAGGUCUUGCUAAUAAAGUUUUCUUUUUACCAAUAACACCAGCUUAUGUUGAACAAAUUCUUCGAAAUGAACGUCCUGAUGGUAUUCUACUUAGUUUUGGUGGACAAACAGCAUUAAAUUGUGGUGUUCAAUUAUAUGAAUCAGGUAUUCUUCAAAAAUAUUCAUGUAAUGUAUUAGGAACACCGAUUAAAUCAAUUCAAGUAACUGAAGAUAGAGCUUUAUUUGCACAAAAAAUGGCUGGUAUUGGAGAAAAAGUUGCACCAUGUGAAGCUGUUCAUUCACUUGAAGAGGCAUUAGCAUCAGCUGAUCGACUUGGUUAUCCUGUUCUUGUUCGUGCUGCAUUUGCACUUGGUGGUCUUGGAUCAGGUUUUGCCGAUAAUCGUGAAGAAUUAGUACCUUUAGUUACAUCGGCAUUAGCUCAUUCAUCUCAAUUAUUAAUUGAUAAAUCACUUAAAGGUUGGAAAGAAGUUGAAUAUGAAGUUGUUCGUGAUCAAUAUGAUAAUUGUAUUGUCGUAUGUAACAUGGAAAAUAUUGAUCCAUUAGGUAUUCAUACUGGUGAAUCAAUUGUUGUUGCACCAAGUCAAACAUUAUCCAAUGAUGAAUAUAAUUUAUUACGAAGUGUAUCAAUAAAAGUUGUUCGACAUUUGGGUAUUGUUGGUGAAUGCAAUGUACAAUUUGCAUUAAAUCCACAAUGUAAUGAAUAUUAUAUAAUUGAAGUAAAUGCACGAUUAUCUCGUUCAUCUGCAUUGGCAUCAAAAGCAACAGGAUAUCCAUUAGCUUAUAUAGCAGCUAAACUUGCACUUGGAAUGAGUUUAGUUAAAUUAAGAAAUAGUAUAACAAAUGUCACAUGUGCUUGUUUUGAACCAAGUCUUGAUUAUGUUACAAUUAAAGUUCCAAGAUGGGAUUUAAGAAAAUUUGUUCGAUGUUCAAAUAAAAUUGGAAGUUCAAUGAAAAGUGUUGGUGAAGUUAUGUCUAUUGGUCGAUCAUUUGAAGAAGCUUUUCAAAAAGCUCUACGAAUGGUUGAUGAAGAAGUAACUGGUUUUGAUCCAUAUUCUCGAACAAUUACAGAUGAUGAAUUAAGUAGUCCAACAGAUAAACGUGUUUUUAUCUUAGCAACAGCUCUUCGUCAAGGUUAUUCAAUUGAACAAUUAUUUCAAUUAACAAAAAUAGAUCGAUGGUUUCUUCAUAAAUUUGCAACGAUUAUUCAAUUUAUUGCUGAUCAUUCAGAUCCAUCACUUAUUCAAGAUAAAUCACUUUUACGUGAAGCAAAACGUUUAGGUUUUUCUGAUAAACAAAUUGGUAUGUAUUGUGGUAGUACUGAACUUGAAGUUCGUGCAACACGUGAACGAUUUCAAAUUCGACCAUUUGUUAAACAAAUUGAUACUGUUUCUGGUGAAUGGCCAGCACAAACAAAUUAUCUUUAUUUAACUUAUCAUGGUAGUAGUGAUGAUGUACAACCAAGUACACUUGAAAGUACACCAAUACUUGUUCUUGGAUCUGGUGUUUAUCGAAUUGGAAGUAGUGUUGAAUUUGAUUGGUGUGCUGUUGGUUGUCUAAAAGAAUUAAGACGUCUUGGUCAUUAUACUCUAAUGUUGAAUUGUAAUCCAGAAACUGUUAGUACUGAUUAUGAUAUGAGUGAUCGAUUAUAUUUUGAAGAAAUUUCAUUUGAAUCUGUUCUUGAUGUUUAUAAUUUUGAAAGACCACAUGGUAUUGUUCUAUCUAUGGGUGGACAAUUACCAAAUAAUAUUGCAAUGGAUUUACAUCGACAAAGUCAUGUUAAUGUUCUUGGUACAUUUCCGGAAAGUAUUGAUGCAGCUGAAAAUCGUUUUAAAUUUUCUCGUUUACUCGAUGAAAUGAAUAUUAAACAACCUAAAUGGAAAGAAUUAUCAAGUUUUGAAGGUGCUAGUAAUUUUUGUGAUGCAGUUGAUUAUCCAUGUCUUGUUCGUCCAUCAUAUGUUUUAUCCGGUGCAGCAAUGCGUAUUGUUUUUAAUGCAAAUGAUUUAAAAGCAUAUUUAAGUGAACAUGGUCUUUCAAAAGAAUAUCCUGUUGUUAUUUCAAAAUUUAUUCUUGAUGCAAAAGAAUUAGAUAUUGAUGCUGUAGCAAGAAAUGGUGAAGUUGUUAGAAUGGCAAUUUCAGAACAUGUUGAAAAUGCUGGUGUUCAUUCUGGUGAUGCUACUUUAGUAACACCACCACAAGAUCUUAAUGAACAUACUAUUGAACAAAUUCGACGAAUUUGUUUUUCAGUUGCUAAAGCAUUACAAAUAUCAGGACCAUUUAAUUUACAAUUAAUUGCUAAAGAUAAUGAAUUAAAAGUAAUCGAAUGUAAUGUUCGUGUAUCUCGUUCAUUUCCAUUUAUUUCUAAAACAUUUGAUCAUGAUUUUAUUGCUGUUGCUACACAAAUUCUAGUAGGUGUUGAACCAGAACCAAUUGACGAUGUUCUUUUUCUACAUUCCGAACGUGUUGGUGUUAAAGUUCCACAAUUUUCAUUUUCACGUCUAUCGGGUGCUGAUGUUUUACUUGGAGUUGAAAUGAUGUCGACUGGUGAAGUUGCUUGUUUUGGUGUUGAUCGUUUUGAUGCUUAUUUAAAAGCAUUAAUCAGUACUGGAUAUCGUUUACCCAAAAAAAAUAUUCUUAUUUCAGUUGGCUCAUAUAAAGCUAAACAAGAAUUAUUAACACCUAUUCGUACUUUAAAACAACUUGGCUAUGAAUUAUAUGCUAGUAUAGGAACAGCAGAUUAUUUUGAAGCAAAUGGUAUUAGUAUACAUCCAAUUGAUUGGAAAUAUGAACAAUCAGAAACAAAUUCAAAUGGAUAUGAAAAUGGAAAUAGUCAUCUUGAUUCACCAUCUAUGGAAAAUAAUCCACAAACAACAAUUGCAGAUUAUCUUGCUAAUGGUUCAUUUGAUUUAGUUAUUAAUAUUCCAAUGCGUUCAGCUGGUACAUUCCGUGCAUCUUCAUUUGUUACUCAAGGUUAUCGAUGUCGUCGUUUAGCUACUGAUUAUAGUGUUCCAUUAAUGACCGAUGUUAAAUGUGUUAAAUUAUUUGUUGAAGCUUUACGUCGAUCAACUCGACGUGGAUCACUAAUUGAUAUGAAUAUUGAUUCCAUCUCAACUACAACACUUAUUCGAUUACCUGGUUUAAUUGAUUGUCAUGUUCAUUUACGAGAACCAGGUGAUGAACAUAAAGAAGAUAUUGUUACUGGUACUGCUUCAGCUUUAGCUGGUGGUAUAACAAUGGUCUUAGCAAUGCCAAAUACAAAACCAGCUUUAACAAAUUUAUCUGUAUUAGAAACAACAGAAAAACUUUAUGAAAAAAAAGCUCUUUGUGAUUAUGGUUUAUAUAUGGGUGCAAGUAUUGAUAAUGCUCAAGCCGCUUCUGAAAUAGCACAUCGUUGUAUUGGAUUAAAAAUGUAUCUUAAUACAACAUUUGGUGAUUUAAAAUUAGAUAAUAUGGAAUCAUGGAUGCAGCAUUUUGAAAAAUGGCCACAAAAUAUUCCAAUUGUUGCUCAUGCUGAAGGUCAAACAGUUGCAAGUAUAUUAUGUUUAGCUGAAAUCUAUGGACGUAGUGUUCAUAUUGCACAUGUUGCACGUCGUGAUGAAAUUCUUCUAAUACGUGCAGCAAAAGCAAAAGGUUUAUUAGUUACAUGUGAAGUUACACCACAUCAUUUAUUUCUUCAUCGUGAUAAUUCACAAUUUAUUUUAAAUGCUUAUGGUAAUAAUGAAGGAUUUUGUCAUGUUAAACCAGAAUUACAAACAGUUGAGGAUUGUCAAGCAUUAUGGGAUAAUAUGGAUGUAAUUGAUUGUAUUGCUACAGAUCAUGCUCCACAUACAAAAGAUGAAAAAUCGAAGAAAGAAAAUCCACCACCUGGUUUUUCUGGUUUACAAACAGUUUUACCAUUAAUGUUAACUGCUGUUAAUAAUGGAAAAUUAACAAUUGAACAAUUAAUUGAAAAAAUGUAUAAAAAUCCAAAACGUAUAUUUAAUUUACCAGAUCAAGGUGAUGACACAUUUAUUGAAGUUGAUAUGGAAAGAAAAUGGGUUAUUGAUGAUAAAAGUUUAUUAUCAAAAUCUGCUUGGACACCAUUUAUUGGUAUGCAAAUGCGUGGUGCUGUUCAUCGUGUUGUACUUCGUGGUGAAGUUGUUGUUGUUGAUGGACAAGUAUUAGCUGAACAAGGAACAGGAAAAAAUCUAGUUCAUUUACGUGAUAACAACAACAAAAAAAUAAAAAGAGUUAAAACACCACAAAAUUUAAUAUUGGAAACGAAACGUUCACCAUUACAGAUGCAUCAAACACGACAACGAUUUAUAAGUGAACCUAGUGCAUUGGAUAAACCAGAAGGUAUACCAAGAACUGGUGCUGGUCUAGCAAGACAACAUUUACUUAGUGCUUUACAAUUAACUCGCGCACAAUGUCGAGAAAUUUUUACUUUAGCACAUCAAUAUCGUAAUUGUUAUUUCCAUCAUCGUCCAAUUGAACCAAUAUUAACUGGUAAAAUUUUAUCACAUAUGUUUUUUGAACCUUCUACACGUACACAAUGUUCAUUUACUGGUGCAAUGUUACGUCUUGGUGGUAGUGUAAUGCCAUUUGAUAGUCAAUUAUCAUCAAUUAAAAAAGGAGAAUCGAUUGAAGAUUCUGUUCGAAUGUUAAUGAGUUAUGCUGAUGUUCUUGUUAUUCGUCAUCCUGAAAUGGGUGUUGUACAACGAGCAGCUGGUGUAUCACGUAUACCAGUUAUAAAUGCUGGUGAUGGUAUUGGUGAACAUCCAACACAAGCUCUUCUUGAUAUUUUUACAAUUCGAGAAGAAAUCGGAACAUUCAAUGGUUUAACUAUUACAAUGGUUGGUGAUUUAAAACAUGGUAGAACUGUUCAUUCACUUGCCAAAUUAUUAACACUCUAUAAUGAUAAAUCAAUUUCACUUCAUUAUGUUUCACCACAGUCGUUAGCUAUGCCACAAGAUAUUGUUGAUUGUGUUGCAGCUGCAGGCAUUCCACAAAAAUCACAUACAAGUUUAGAACAGAUCUUACCAGAUACAGAUGUUCUUUAUAUGACACGAAUUCAAAAAGAACGUUUCGAUUCAGAAGAAGAAUACGAAAAGGCUUGCGGUCUUUAUACAAUAACACCACAAUUAAUGCGUAAUGCUAAAAAACAUGGUAAAAUGAUUGUUAUGCAUCCAUUACCACGUCUCGAUGAAAUAAGUACUUCAUUUGAUACUGAUCCCCGUGCUGCAUAUUUUCGUCAAGCUGAAAAUGGUCUUUAUAUCCGAAUGGCUCUACUUAGUAUUAUACUUUCCAAAUGA